CGGCAACGCACAUCACAGCAAGCUGAUUUUAUAAGUGAGAGCCGUUCUUUAGAUUUGAGGAGCUUCUGGAGUCAUGGCAGAAGCGAAUGGCACUCGGAUCACUGAAUUCUUCCUGCUUGGAUUUUCAGGACUACAUCCACAGUAUAAUGGAGCUGUUGGGACCUUUUUACUUUUCGUCUAUCUAAUACUAGCAGGCGGAAAUAUCUUGAUCAUCUUUAUUGCAUGGGAAAGAAGCCUUCAUAAACCCACGUAUUUAAUCUUCUGUAACCUCGCUAUAUCCGAUCUUGCUUUUGGAACUGUCACACUGCCUAAAGUGGCUUCCAAAUAUUUAAUCAAAGAUGAUUAUAUAGCAUUUCAUUUAUGUUUUGCUCAAAUGUAUAUGGUUCAUCAUUUAGGUACUGUCAAUUCCUUUUUGAUGUUAUUAAUGGCCCUGGAUCGGUUUGUUGCUAUAUGCAACCCCCUUAGAUAUUCCACUAUUGUAACAAACCAGUCUAUUGCUUGGGCAUGUGCAGUGUUCUGGUUAAUAAUUUUAGGAUGGUUACCACUGUUUACUUAUCAAAGUGAAAAACUUUCCUUUUGUGCUUCAAAUGUUAUCAGUCAAUGUUUUUGUGAUUUCAAUUCAUUAGUUAGACUUGGGUGCGGGGAGAAAAGCGAGUUAAGGAAAAAUGCAUUUGCCAUGGCCAUGUUUGUGCUUUUGGGUCCUUUAAUUUUCAUCAUAUUUACUUACGUUGCCAUUAUCAUAUCUGUAUUUAAAAUCUCAAGCGUUCAGGCCAGAUAUAAAACAUUUUCGACAUGCAGUCCUCAGCUGUUAAUCAUAUGCCUUUACUAUUUACCCAGAUGUACUGUGUAUAUUUGUGAUUUAACUGCUGAACUGCCUGUAGUCGUUCGGAUUAUGCUUGUUAUGUGGUACAGUCUGCUGCCUCCUGUUGUUAAUCCAUUGAUAUAUUGCUUCAGAACUCAGGAAAUCAAGGCUGUUUUAAUGAAAAAAAUCAGAUCCAAAAAAGUGAACUUUAAUUUAAAAGCAUCUUCAUGCUGAUAACAUCUGUAUUUCUGUAAAGCAAACUUCUAUGUUUUCGAAACUAUGAUGUAUAAUAAUAAUCAGUACCAAAUGUUACAGAACAAGAAGGAUGUGCAAGUAACUGACAAUUUUCACAGCAGAUUAAGAAGAGUUCAGAUGUAAAACACUCUAAAUCUGAUUUCUUUUUUAAAAGGCCCCUACAUUUACCUAAAGCAAUACCAGAUAUUUCAGACGGGGCAGAGUGUGAUAUUUUAUGUUUUG